GGAACGUGUUCCUUUACAUAUACACACUGUUGCACUGUUCUAGAACUUGCAGAAACUACUAGUUUAGUAAUUGUUCAAUAUCAUAAUAGAAAAUUCGGUUUGGUAUACAUAGGCAGCUUGGCAUUGUUGCUUGUUACAGAACCUGAUAGAAUAUACCAGUUUUGUUUUGGAAAUAUUGAUUAUUGUAGUAAAAAUUGAGAUUAGAGCUACCAGGUGAUUACAAUUUUUUUCUAAGUGUGCCCGACUUCUGUCAAUUUUGUGUAUGUAUCUAUUGUUUUGAAAAAUGAAAACAAAAUAUUUUCAGAACCAAUUGUUGGAAGAUACAUUAAAGCCAUUGAUCAGUUUAGCCAUGAAAUUGAAAGAUUAAACAGCUCGGAUUAUAUUUUUGAGAGAAAAUCCAUUUUUUGCGCUCUUUAACUCAUUUUAAAAAUGAGGAGAAAUACGAACACAACUUGAUGUAUAUAAUUUUGAAUGAGUGUGACAGGAAAGGGGUAUAGUCACAGGGCUGUAUUUCUGUAGUUUUACGAGGUUGUUCUACCUUCUUAUUGCACCAUGCAACUUCCUAUAAAAAUCAACAAACAAAAAAUAAAAUUAUGUUACUAUGAAUUACGAAUCGUGCAGUAAGAACGGGUUAAUUCGUGUACCUAAUUUUGAGAGCGAACAACGUGAUUGAAAUUUCAAUGAGAACAUAGCAUAACAACAAUCGACUAUGAAUAGUCGAGUACUCGGUUUUCACCCAAGUCCAUAGAGGAGUUCGUGUUUCAGAACUUUAAGUCGAUUAUUCGAUUAAUCGAAAGUCGACUUACCUAUCCCUAGUGUAUGUUUACAAGUGGAUGUAGAUUGUUUACGUUUCAUACUGAUUGAUUUGAUUUUGUGAUAUUGAUCCAAAAUCGGCGUUUUUCUUAUCCUAUGUGAUGGUGCACACAUUUGGUGUCACAUCUCAAGUAGAUCUUGAGUCGUUCAGAUCGCUGCCGCUUCGACGCUUCAUACAUUUUGAGAAUAAAAAUAAUACAAGCAUUUUUCCAAUAGAUUGAAAAGCAGUGAAAAUGCAUGAACUAUCCGCUGGUGUUUUGCCGCGUAUGAAGUCUGGCGAGUACAUAGAUAGUCCUGUCCUUCAAUUACUGACCAGUAAAAGCCAUGCAUCCGUUCCUGAUAAACGCAUCUGUCUACUUCUUUCGGAUGGGGUAUAUUUCGACAAAGAUGUGAAGUUGACCGCAGACUUGAAUAACAUAUAUGAUGUGGGAAAAUUAUCCAAUUUCAGUGUUCUUAGAGUGGACGAAUACAAAAUAGCGGACAAGAAUAUGCUGAUUAUUUGUAAAAUGACAAUUCUUACCCCUGGGCAAGAAACAAAUGGAAAAAUUGGCGAACCUAUUGAUUGCAACAAUGCCUUGACUUUAAUUGCUUCCACAAAUGUCGAACCAGAUCACACUGCUGCUUUAACAAGUGGUGCCCUCUUGAGUAUGAUGUCUGGUAAAAACAUAACUAGACCCGUUCUUCAAAUACUGGAUUCGAAACUUAUAUGCGAUGGGCGUGAUGAGCGUAUCCGUUUAUCAGUUUCGGAUGGUAGAUUUUUCCAUACUUAUACUUGGUUAAGCUCGACAUUGAAAAACAUGUACCAUGAGGGAAUAUUAUCGGAUUUCUGCAUUGUUAGCUUGGACGAAUACUUAAUAACAAGUGCCGGUACGAUAACAAACCGUAGGAGGAUUUUCUUUAUUUAUAGGGAGACUCUUAUGAUUUUAAAAAUGAGUCUUCUUGUACCUGGAGACCAAGUGAAGGUGAAAAUUGGCGAACCUGUAGUUUUGGAACCAUCUGUUACCACACGUGUCAAAUCUACCAUUCCUACGCUGACAACUGGUGCUUUACCGCGUAUGAAGUCUGGCGAAUACCUAGAUGGUCCUGUACUUCAAUUACUGACCAGUAAAAGCCAUGGAUCCGGUCCUGAUAAACGCAUCCGUCUAUUUCUUUCGGAUGGUGUUUAUUUCGACAAAGAUGCGAAGUUGGCCACAGACUUGAUUAACAUAUAUGAUGUGGGAAAAUUAUCCAAUUUCAGCAUUCUUAGAGUGGACGAAUACAAAAUAGCGGACAAGAAUAUGCUAAUUAUUUGUAAAAUGACAAUUCUUACCCCUGGGCAAGAAAUAAAUGAAAGGAUUGGCGAACCUAUUGAUUGCAACAAUGCCUUGGCUUUAAUUGCGUUGACAAAUGUCGAACCACAUCACACUGCUCUAACAAGUGGUGCCCUCUUGAGUAUGAUGUCUGGUAAAAACAUAACUAGACCCGUUCUUCAAAUACUGGGUUCGAAACUUAUAUUAAAUGGGCGUGAUGAGCGUAUCCGUUUAUUAGUUUCGGAUGGUAGAUUUUACCAGAGUUAUACUUUGUUAAGCUCGCCAUUGAAAAACAUGUACCAUGAGGGAAUAUUAUCGGAUUUCUGCAUUGUUAGGUUGGACGAAUACUUUGUAUCAAGAGUCGUUACGACACCAAAACGUCAGGACGUUCUUAUAAUUUUGGAAAUGAGACUUCUUGUACCUGGAGACCAAGUGAAGGUGAAAAUUGGCGAACCUGUUGUUCUGGAACCAUCCAUUACCACAAAUGUCAAAUCUACAAUUCGUACGCUGACAACUGGUGCUAUAGCGGACAUAAGGGCAGGUAUAAAGAAUAACAAUCCAGUUUUGAAAAUUGUAGGCGCAAAAGUUAGAAAAAUUGGAGAUAUUGAACAAAUCUGUUUAGAAGUUUCGGAUGGUAAAUACUUUGAAAGCAAUGUACUCGUUUCUAUCGGUUUAAAUUACUUGUUCUAUGCCGGCAAAUUGUCGAAAAACACCAUUAUAAAGCUAGACGAAUAUAUGUAUCACACCAAUUACCAGAGCCCUACAUUCUUGAUUUUAAAAAUGACUAUACUUGCCGCUGGCGACAAGGUGAAAAAGCCAGCACGCACUGCUAUGCAUUAUAUAGAGGAUUUAACCAAAGAGACAACCCCAAUGACUAACUUGCCUGAACUUUGUACAGGAUACCUGCCGAUUAUUAUGUGUGGUCUUAACUCCAAUAUCUACCCAGUUAUUCAAAUUUUGAAAGCUGAAAUCGUAAUGUGUGCAGGCGCCGAACGUAUUCGUUUGUUAAUUUCAGAUGGCAAAUUCACUAAUAGCAAUACGUUGUUGUGCGAAGAUUUAAAUUUCAUUUACCAUGAGGGAAAAUUAAGCAACAAUGCUAUUGUUAAGGUUAACAAAUAUCUUAUGAUUGCACUUAACCACGAUCGAAAACAAACGGGCAUACUUAUUCAAGAGAUGACCGUUCUCACUCCCGGACAACGUGUAAGUAAAAUAGGCAAUCCUAUUGAUUACAGAAGAGCAAACGAAGGUAAUGAAACUGAAAGAUCUGCUUCUGACCCCCAACAAAGAAAUAUAUUUAGAAGUCUUAGAAACCUCAAAUUUUAUAAUCUUCCGAGUGUUCUUCCCAAAACAAGGAGAAACAAACCAAAGACCGUAAUAAAGUAUAAAUAUCAAAUCAAGAAGAACUUAAAGGCAAUUGUCGAUGGUGGACUUACAUAUGACCUUGGUGGCUUAAGGCCAAAUGAGGACAAAUGGACGCUAAUCCUUUUGUUGUUGUAUAUGUAUUCACAUCAACGUCAACUCUUAAUUGUCAAAAGCACAUACAAUUAAAAAUGCCGUUUUUUUUAUAGUUCGCCUCAAAAAAAUCGAGACAUAAAAUUUCUUCCAUAACUUUUAUACAAUUUAUUAUUAUGCUAUCUAGUUGUAAGGCAUUUAUUUUAUUAAAAAUAAAUCCAUUGAAUAGAAAUCAA